UCACCAAGCCGCUUCCGGUUCCGCCUCCAGGAGUCCGAGGUGGGAGCACCGUGGUGGCUAUACUCUUUUUCCCCGGCGGCGCACGUGUAUCUCGGCGUCCUGGCUGUCGGGAGCGAUGGCCGAAUUGGACCGCGUAGUAAAGCCCAAAACAAAACGGGCGAAGAGAUUCCUUGAGAAGAGAGAGCCUAAACUCAAUGAAAAUGUUAAAAAUGCCAUGCUUAUUAAAGGAGGAAAUGCAAAUGCAACAAUUACUCAAGUACUCAGAGAUAUGUAUGCUUUGAAGAAACCUUAUAGUGUUUUAUAUAAAAAAAAAAACAUUACUAGACCUUUUGAGGAUCAGACGUCACUGGAAUUUUUCUCGAGGAAGUCAGACUGCUCCUUAUUCAUGUUCGGGUCUCAUAAUAAGAAGCGACCAAACAAUCUCAUCGUAGGUCGUAUGUAUGAUUAUCACAUCCUGGAUAUGAUUGAACUAGGUAUUGAGAAGUUUGUCUCACUUAAAGAUAUUAAGAACAGCAAGUGCCCUGAGGGAACAAAACCCAUGUUGAUAUUUGCUGGUGAUGCUUUUGAUGUAAGUGAAGACUACAGAAGAUUGAAAAGUCUUCUUAUUGAUUUCUUCAGAGGCCCUACGGUACCAAAUAUUCGUCUCGCUGGUUUAGAGUAUGUCUUGCAUUUCGCUGCACUGGAUGGGAAGAUUUACUUUCGGACCUAUAAAUUAUUGCUGAAGAAAUCUGGUUGUAGAACACCACGAAUUGAAUUGGAAGAAAUGGGACCAUCGCUGGAUCUGAUUAUGAGGAGAACCUAUUUGGCAUCAGAUGAUCUUUAUAAGUUAUCUAUGAAAUUGCCUAAAGCCCUGAAGCCAAAGAAGAAGAAAAAUGUCUCCCGUGAUACUUUUGGUACAACUUACGGAAGAAUUCACAUGCAGAAACAAGAUCUGAGUAAAUUGCAAACAAGAAAAAUGAAGGGGUUGAAGAAAAGACCUGCAGAAAAGUUAACUGAUAAGCAAGAAAAUAAACCUAAGAAAAUUAAGAGGAGAAAAAUCGAUUCAAUUUAGUCUAGUUGGCUGUUAUUAUAUUUUACAGGAAAGAAUUGUCAGAUGUAAACAAUACUAUAAACAUUAUUACAUGGAUCUAUUAUAUGUGUGUGGCUUUUUUAUUAAAUGGUGAAUGUAUAAUUUACAUUAAUGUAUUGUAAACUCCUUGAGGCAGGACCUGUCUUAUUUUAUCUUUGUAUCUCAAGUGCCUAUGUAGUGCCUUGUAAUAGUAAGGCACUUAAUAAAUGUUUGCCAAAUAAAAUUUUAUGAUCAUUCUUAUAACUAUUGAUAUGAAAAGAACAUGAUGGUGUAAGGGCUUAAAAUAAAUGCAGUUUGCUUUAUAUUUUUUUGGAUAAAUGUGUACUCUUGCUCUAUUUGUCAUCUAUACUACUUAAGCCUCUGCAGGAUCUGCCCAUAUGUAAAUAUGUGCACGUUUAAAUGUAUAUAUAAAGAGAGAAUCUGUAGACUCAAAAUUGGGAGGGAAGAUGUGCAAGGUGGAAAAAAGAAAAGAAAGCUGACUGUGGGCCAGGACAUCUCAGGCAUCUGCUUAAUGGUUGCCCCCCACUCCAAAAUAUUGCUCUCAUACUGAAUUGUUUGUGUUUGUUUUUUCAUUUUAGUUGUUAUACCACCUGAAAGUCCAGCAGUUAUCCAACAGUCCAACAAAUCAAUUUGAUUUAACAAGCAACUUC